AUGCUUCUCGAGCGGGACCCCGCCGCUCGCGCCGAGAUGCUCUCGGCGUGGUCGUCGUCCCGGACGCUGCUCCUGGACAUGCGCGACGCCGAUGCGUUUCACGCCCGGCGGCUGGCGGGCGCGGUGAACCUGCCUCGGACGACGAUGAGCGGCAGGCUGCACGAGCUGCCGCCGAGGUCGCGACCGCUCGCGGUGGUGCUCGAUCCCGCCCCGGUGGCGUGCGUGGACGAGGACGCGUGGUACCGCGCGCAGCUGGCGUGGUUCACCGCGGACUUCAAGGGCAACCCGUGGACCCUGCGCGGAUGCGUCGUGGGCGAUGACGCGCUCUUCGACGACGCCGCGGCGCGUUCGGGGUUUCCCGUCGCGACGGGCGCGGUGAAUCCCACCGCGCGGGGCAGGCUGUGGGAGCCGUCGGACAACGUCGCGAGGUGGCUCCCGGCGGUCGAGGCGCGCAUGGCGCACCGGUGGGGACGCGGCGGGCGACUCCUCGAGGGCGCCAUGUCAUCGGAGGAGGAGCCGGCGUCAUCGGAGGAGGAGCCGGCGUCAUCGGAGGCGGCGGCGUCGGGACCGGACGACGACGACCCCCCGCUGCUCGUCGACCUCGGGUGCGGCGCCGGUCGUGACGCGGUGUACGCCGCGCUGCGGGGGUGGAGGGUCCUGGCGCUGGACUCGGACGCGAAGGGUCUCGCGCGAUGCGCCGCCCUCGCGGAGGCGCACGGCGUCGGCGACAGGGUCGCGCCCGUCCGCGUGGACCUGGAACGGACGGACCCGGCGGACGUCUUCGAGACGAUCGGCUCGCGGCGGUGGUCGUCGCUCGUCGCGGGAAGGGCGUCCGCCGUCGAUUGGGCGUCGCUCGUUAACGACGCGAACGCAUCCACCGUGGGUGCGGCUUUGACGGUGAAGAACCCGGUGAGGGCGGUCCUGGCGGUGCGGUUUCUGCAGAGGCGCCUGGCGACGGCGCUCCCGUCGCUGCUCCCCGCGGGCGCGGCGGUGAUGUGGUUCCAUUUCAUGCGGGGCGCGGAGCUCACGGCGGUGGGGAGGCCGAACAAGGCCAAGGACCUGCUCGAGGACGGCGAGCUGAGGACGGCGUUCGACGCGGAGCGCGGGUGGACGGUGGUGGCGGACGGCGCGACGAAGCUUCCGGAUGGGAGACCGGUGUCCGAGUUUGUAGCCGUGAGGGACGGGUCGUACUCCUAA